UCCGCUUCCUGUGGCUGGUCAGCUGACUGAUGCCACUGUCAAGAAACCACACCAACAGUGGUUCAAUGGCAAGCAGCAAUGAUAGCUAAAUUAACAUUCGAAAAUACGACACAAAAGGUUGCAUUUGUCUCUUAACGACUCCAUUUAAAUAUACGGAUUUCUCUGGCUGCCAGGAUAAUGACUGAGUUUUGGUUAAUCUCUGCUCCGGGAGAGAAGACAUGCCAGCAAACGUGGGACAAAAUGAUGACGGCCACCACACGUAAUAACAACCUUUCAAGCAACCACAAGUUCAGCAUCCCCGACCUGAAGGUGGGGACGCUCGAUGUCUUAGUUGGGUUGUCUGAUGAAUUGGCCAAAUUGGAUUCCUUUGUUGAAAGUGUUGUGAAGAAGGUGGCCCAGUACAUGGCAGACGUGUUGGAAGACAGUCGAGACAAAGUGCAGGAGAACCUGCUGGCCAAUGGAGUUGAUCUUGUCACCUACAUCACAAGGUUUCAAUGGGACAUGGCCAAGUACCCCAUCAAGCAAUCACUUAAAAACAUCUCUGAAAUCAUCUCAAAGCAAAUCACCCAGAUUGACAAUGACUUGAAGACCCGAGCAUCAGCUUAUAACAACCUGAAAGGAAACCUACAGAACCUUGAAAGGAAAAAUGCAGGGAGCUUGCUUACGAGGAGCCUGGCUGACAUUGUCAAGAAGGAAGACUUUGUUCUUGACUCUGAGUAUCUCAUCACCUUGCUGGCUGUUGUUCCAAAAACAUCUUAUGCUGACUGGCAGAAAACCUAUGAAACACUUGCUGAGAUGGUGGUUCCACGAUCCUCAAAUCUUUUGUUUGAGGACAACGACAGUGGAUUGUUCAGUGUGACUCUGUUUCGGAAAGCCAUUGACGACUUCAAACACAAAGCCAGAGAAAACAAGUUCUCUGUGAGAGACUUUCAGUACAAUGAAGAGGAGAUGAAGGCAGAUAAAGAGGAGAUGACACGACUAUCUACAGAUAAAAAGAAGCAAUUUGGACCACUUGUUCGAUGGCUGAAAGUGAACUUCAGUGAAGCCUUCAUUGCUUGGAUCCACAUCAAAGCACUGAGGGUCUUUGUGGAAUCUGUUCUGAGGUACGGGCUUCCAGUGAACUUCCAAGCCAUGCUACUUCAGCCAAACAGGAAGACUACAAAGAAGCUGAGGGAGGUGCUCAAUGAACUCUACAAACAUCUGGACAGCAGUGCAGCAGCAAUCUUAGAUUCGGCCAUGGAUAUUCCAGGUUUGAAUCUGAGCCAGCAAGAAUAUUAUCCCUACGUUUAUUACAAGAUUGAUUGCAACCUUCUGGAGUUCAAACUGUAAGACUUGGCCCCACUCUAUUUUCAAGGUGAUCAGGAACAAAUUUCUUCUCACUUGCUCCCAUCUUCUGGGUGUCACACUUGAAUGUCAGUGCUACAUGCUCAUUCCUUAUGGGUAAAAAUACACAUAGACAAGCUUCUAUCACUUUUAAAAAGGAACUUUUAAAGACUUGUUUACAUUUGUUUUGAAGCCACACCUUGUGAAAAUCAUGGUGGACAUUCAUUGUUACAUUUCUAUUCCACACGUCCUUGUGAGUAUUGCUAACUGCAUCUUCUAUGUUGAUGUUUAAUGCUUUGUGUUGACAUAAAUAAAGGUGGGUGUGUGAUUGUGUGUGUUAAAAACACAAGUGUUGUGUAGAAUACUUAAAAGAGAAGUAUCUCUAAACGUUAUUGUUGAAAGUGAUUGACAACCGUCCCUUAUAAAUUGUGUGAAGUACAAUAAAAAACAAAAAAUACAUAUU